AUGCAGCCGGCUUUUCAGGCAAUCAACGUCGAGCCCGAGGAGAACAUUGACGAUGAAAUCGACACUACCCGCGAGCUUCAUGUCGAUGAAGCUUUGAAGCGCUUCCAAACAGCUCUCAAGCUCCAUGCCCAAGGCCCCCGAUUCUUUGACGAAGCCGCCGAUGCCUACGAUGACCUGUUCAAAUCCGAAAUAUUCAAGUACCCCGAGGCUGCCACCGAAUACGACAGAGCAGAGCGACACCCUGACCAGCUCAUUACCGAUGCCGCCCUUGCUGGCAACUUGGAACUACAGGUUGCCGAUGUCGAUACAGCCACUAGCAGUCUACCCCAGGCAUUUUUCCUCGCACACAAGAACCGCGGCCAGUUUCUUCUCGACAAGACCCGCCAUGCAGCCCGCGUCGACGGCGCCACCUGUUUCGAGAAGGAUGAGGCCCUCCAGAACAUGCGCAGCGCCCUGGCCGAUUUCAAUGCCGCACUUGAUCGCGAUCCCUCUGACGCCGAGCUUUGGAGACGCACUGCCCGUGUCGCCGCAUCUCUCAAGAGUUCAAGAAUAAGCAGGUACUGCCUGGAAGCUGCCAUCGAACUCGACGAUGAUCCGGCCGUUUUGGAGGUCGAGCCGCCAUCCCUUGCCGAAGGUUUCGCAGGACAGCAGUUGAAAGACCAGCUGCAAGUCCUGGGCGACGAAAUUGCCUUGUCUCAUCCGAUCAUGGGUCCUUGGGUGAAAAGAGAGAUGCCCGAUUUCAUCAAACGUCAUCUCGAUCCGAUCCCCUUUCUGCCGAAUCCAAUCAAGGACCUCGAGUCUGCGCGCACGACAAUCGAGGAAACCGGCAAAACCCGUUUAACAAUUACCCUCCCGAAUGCAUCAUGGGUCGACCUCGGAAUGGCGCUCAUCCACUUCGUCCUGGAGCGAGGACAGACGAGCCGAGCGGUAGUAAUUGAACUCACCGAGAUGGAAGUUGAAGAGGAUGUAGUCAUGGAGAGUCAGCCAGAGCAGGAAAGUCAAGUAAACGGUUCCGAGGCCAAGGAGGGAUCUGUCGACAACGAGAAGAAGCCAGAAGCCAAUGGAGAGAAGAGAUCCGUCGAAAAUGACAAGACUGGAGAUGAAAAGGAGGCCACCCCUGAGGAGGCUCCGAAGAUCCCCGAGACCACCCGCGAAACGCGUAAGGGAAGAAGCGCCUCUCAGCCGAAUAGAAAGCGGUCGCAGUCAGCCGCUGGGCUCCCGGAGAACCAAGACGACGAAAGUCUUGUUGAGAAGAGGAGUAAGCGCAUCCGACGGAGGGAAACAGCACAAGCGGAGGAGGUCAUAGACCCUAGCGCUGUGCUUGCAACUCAGCUGGCACCCUACCAAGCAGCCGACCAGAACCUAUUCCAGGCCACCAAGAAUAUGCUGGAAAAUAUCGGUGUCACGAACCAGGCCGUUUUGGAUCGGAUCAGCGAAGUAUUGGAUUCAUUAGCAUCCGAGGAUCGCGCAGCAUCCAUCAAGAACCAAGCUACCAUGGAUCUUCGAAAUGCGAUCGUUUCCUUCAGCGAGGAAAACGCGAAGAUUCUACUCAACAAGCAGGCUCCAGCAUCUCUGAGUCUGUCGUCGUUUCUGGAGCACGCUAAAGGUGGUUCUCAGAAGACGUCCGUCAUCCCUCCGUUCAAAGAGACCCAAGGCAUUGCCGCCUUCGCCAAGCGAGUCAAUGCAUCCUGGAUGACCGCUCAAGAGGUCGCCUAUGAAUGGAUUAAGACAAUCUGUCCUAGCUAUCUGCAAACGAAAUGGUCAGAUGCAAUGAAGACAGCCGUUGUUCAGGUUAUUAGCCGAUUUGACCAAGACAUUCUUCAGGCUAUCAACUAUGACCUGGAAUGCGCGCAUCGCUCAGUGGGCGGCGAAGACGCCUAUGCCUUUAUCAAGGAUAUUGUUGAGAUGUUGUUCGAGAUCCAUCUCGACGUAUACGAGAGGAUUACGAACCCUAACAGUGUCGUGGACUACAGUAUUCGUGUCGAGGCCAAAGGUCGCUUGGGUCGUUGGCUGGAUAUUGCCUCGGGUUUGCUUCGAGGAAGUCCUCAGGAGGGCAACGAGAAGCUGACAGCCCGGUUCCUUUGGGCAGCGAUCUUUUCCACGACUCUGACGGAGAAUGCUUCCAGAGAAUACAUCCUGCAGUGUUGGACAAGUUUACGGGAUUUUCUCGCAGAUGGCCAGGUUGACCAGCUCUAUCUCCCCAACAACCCGGUCAUCCCGGAGAUUUCCGAGGCUGCGGCCGACAGGGAGAUCUCAAAGUUGACAACCAUGGACUUCUUCCUCGGCCUCUUCCAGGAUAACGUCAGUGAUCCUGUCGCUGUUAUCGAGAACCUUGAGCCUGUUCUCAACCCCACCUCCGUCUACGUGUCUAUUCCACCCGAGGAAUCCGCAAAGAUUGGCGAGGGAUCUGGCCGCUCUAAACCUAAGAAGGUUCCCAUCAAGGAAUACGCGACGCAGAGCUUGCAAGACCUAUGGAGGUUCCUUCUAGGCACCAGCACAGAGCUACGAUUGUUCCUUUGGUCACGUCUCAGUGAUGCAUACGGCACGAUCAAGUAUUCCACGAAGCAAUUCUCAUGCCAACUAAAGGCAAUCGAGAUGCUCACAGCGGAUCUUGAGAGCGACAGCUACCUGAAGAAUGCACCGGAAACCAGGCCGCCGCUUUUGCUUAAGAUGCUCAAAUCUCUCGAUGACCUCUUGAUCACGGCUCUUUCGCUAGCGCUGAACGACACUUCUGCCUAUGACAUUGUUGACGAAGAGCACUUGCGGACGACAUCUGCAGCUCUGGCAAAGCUGAGCUCCAUGCUUCAUGCUUCGGCGAUGCACGAGGAUGAAAUUCGCAUCGGCAUGACGCGCAUACCACCAAACAGCCCCUCGUUCCAGGCAUUCCUCAACAAAUUGCGUGAGAUUCAAGUGCGCGUGUGGUGCCUCCAGUACACGGUGAUCAAGGUCGGUGUCAACCAGAACCGGACAAUGUUUCCUCAGCCUGAGAUGGAGCUCGCAGACUACCUGUCAGCUAUACAUCAAGUUUUGGGUUUGAGAAAGUGUUGCAAGGCAUCCAACAAGAUUUUCCUCAAGAUGAUGCGCGUUGAGCUCCUCAAGUUCAAGAAUAUCGAAAACUGGGAGGACUACCUAGGUCAAGUCCUGUACGACCUUCACGGAUUGAAGCUCGGCGUGGGGGUUGGGGAGGUCCAAGACCAUGGAUGCCCGCCAGAGAAGCUCGAGAAGCGCAACGCGAUGCAACUUGUCGACAAAAUCACGGUUUUGGCAAGAAGGAUGCCCAGGAAGGACCUGCUCAAGUCGGACCUCAAAACAACGAUCGAGCACAUGCAGGGAGCAAUUGGCCAGACCAAGUCUACUCCUCAGAUGAUUCACAACCUCAGGAAUUUCACUGAAUAUUUGAAGCGACCUAUUCAUCCUUUGCGGUUGUAUCAAGCCUUGACUGGCGGCGUCCAGCUCGACGUUGUUGCCGUCAAUACGCCGGAGAGCGCCCUCGCCAAACACGGCUGGUUCUUCCUGCUGGGCAUGAUUGCGCUCACCAGGUUCAAGCAAGUCGAUUUGAGCAAGAGACAGACACCCGGCGCUACUGACGACUUGCGACUUGCUGCGACCUUUUUGCGACUCCAGCUCCAGUUCACUCCGGAUAAGUGGGAUGCAUGGUUCCGUCUUGCUGAAUGCUUUGACUACGAGCUUGACGAAGCCGUUUUGUGGUCGGCUGACAAGAUGAACAAGGAGCGCGGUGAACUGCUCAAGUUCCAGCGCAACUCAAUCCACUGCUAUACGCUCGCGCUCUCCAACUCCUGGGAGAUUGACAUCGACGACGAAGACGAGGACCCCUUGCACGAACUCUAUCACAACUUCGCCAUGCGGUUGUACGCAUCCAGCCGUGAGCCCCUUGCAAUGGAGCCCUUCCAACAUGCAGACCAUGAACGGUUUUUCAUUGAGAAUAUGGGUAAUGGGACAUUCAAGAGGGCCGUUCACGAAGAAAUGCAGGACUACAAAGUGUGGAAAUACGCCGCGGGCUUGUUCAAACGGGCUAUGCGACGCAAGCCACAGGACUGGAGGAACCCAUUCAUGCUUACGAAGUGUCUUUGGAAGAUGUACCAGAAGCCUGUUGAUCAGUUGUCGGAGAAGAAUCGCCAGACUCGUCCAUCAGUUGACUACUUGAUCUCAGCUCUAGAGCAUGCUGUCGAGGUGGUUGCCGCUGUGCCCAAAUCAAGGCAUAGCGACCCCAUCUUGGAGCCUCACUACAAGAUUGUGUCCAUCGUGCACAAACUCGUCAUCCGAAAUGAUCUCACGUGGCAGGAGGGUGCUGAUAUUUUGUCACGACAGCCAUUCGGUAUGGAGCUUGGCGACGAUAUUACAAUGAAUGAUGUCGAAGAUUGGGAGGAAUACGUCAUCAGGAAUCUGCACCACCUCCGAGACAAAGACAAGUCAAACUGGCAGCAUCGCAUUAUCAUGCGCCACGCACGUCUCCUGUUUGACGAAGAUGGCGAGUCUCCCGAGCUUGUCCAAGCCAAGGCGGCAUUCAACGUGUUGAGAGAAUCCAUGUUCACGAAGACGAUGGUCAUGAAUGUCUGGAAGUGCGAUGCCGAACGUCCCGGGCGACAUCACGUUUACACUACUCAGUACAUUCGAUUCAUGGUCAGACUUUUGGUGAUUAUGAACGACAGAGUCAACUUAGAGAUGGUUCUGAGACGCCUACGAAAGAAAGGCGCCGACUUUUACCAUUUCAGCGAUUUGUGGCAACACUGUUGCAUGGCCUAUGUCAGGCUAUUGCGGCAAGGCUUCCAGAUUUCUCAAACUCUGGAGGACUCGUUUAAGUCAACGUCGAUGGAGGAGCUAGAAAUCAUGGCAGAUCGCAUCACCGAAUGGGCAGGAGGUCCGGCAACCGACAUCUCCGCUUUCAACUGUCUGAAGGAGACAAUAGAGUUGAAAAAGCUCAAUGGUGGACUUAUGAAGGCGGGUGCGCUGGACGACCUUAUCAACGACUGCUACGCAAUCAUUUACCAAGAGAUUGGCCCUACCCUGCCAGGCCCCGAGCCUCACGAAGUUCUCGAAGCGCGCGCAAGAGCCCGCGCUCGGGAGGAGGCCGACGGCGGCGGCGAGCUGAAGCCACAAAACUCGCUCGGAAACCUCUUGAACCCUCAGGGCUCCCAAGACUCAGUCGCAAUGGAAGAAUCCGGCGAUAAGACUGCCGCUGCCCCUGAAGCAGCCCCGAGACGCCGUGUUGGUGUGCGAAGGCCUGACAUAAUUCGCAAGGCCGAGCAGGCCUUUGCCCGGUUCGGUGAGACCCCCAAGGCUGCUGUCGCGCCGUCCAAGUCCCGUGUUGGUUCGGUCUCGAGCGGUAGGAUGGGGCAUACACCUACGGGAGACGUCGACGAGGGCAGCGACGCCGAAGAGCAUGUCGAGGGUGCAGAGGGCCGCGAGGAUGGCGAAGACGUGGAGAUGAAGGACGACACGGCGGUUGAAGCCGAAGAGGGCGAAGAAAUGGAUGAAGGCGAAGAGGGCGAAGAAGCCGAAGACGGUGAAGAAGAGGCACCUGCACAAGCCACGGCAGCAUCCAGCCCUCGGGGUAGUAUCCACGACUCAGCCGAUGACGAAAGUGAACUUAGCGAUGUUCCUGAUGACUGGGACGAGGAGCCUCCGCCAUCGAUGCUUUUCCCCAACCUGAGGAAGAGUGUGGACACAGCAAGGGAAGCUAGCGGCGAUUCCACGGAAGAGGAAGAAGAAGAGGAUGAAGGGGAAGAGGGAGAGGAUGAGGAAGAGGCAGAGGACGAAGAAGGCGAAGAGGAAGAAGAAGAAGAAGAUGGCGAAGAAGCAGAAGAAGGCGAGGAGGCAGAAGAAGGCGAGGAAGGUGAGGAAGAAGAGGGCGAGGAGGAUGAGGGUGAGGAAGAAGAGGAAGAGGAAGAGGAUGGGGAAGAGCAAGCUGAGGAAACUGUUGAAGAGUAG